AUUCAGUUGAAAGCCAAGUCGUGAGUCAGUCAGUCAGUCAGUCAGUGAAGUCAAAUAAUUAAUUUGUGUCGAACGACGACGAGGAUGAAAGGUGAAAAUUAUUCUUUGGACGACAGUGUUGUGGUGAAUUUGCGGUCGGUGUCAGCGAUCGUCAUCACUGACUUCGACGGUAACCGGAUUGCGUCCCGGUGUUAUGUGGGGAAUUCAGCGGAAGUGACGGGGCUGGAGCGGAAGUUGAGAACGUUCCGGAAGGAGUCUCUCGUGGUUUUGGACGACCACGUUUGCUUGCUGGACUCGUGUUCUGACCUCAAAAUUUUCGUCAUUGGAUUCCCCGGUGCGAAUGAGUUGUUGUUGGAGGAAGUGAUGAAGUGCAUGACAGACAUGCUGAAGAUGUUGUUUGGCGACGUUCUCUGUUCUUCGCUCGUGUUGGAAAAUUUGCACGCUGUUUACCUGGUUCUUGAUGAGGUUUGCGAUCGUGGAAUUCUGUUGGAGCCCAGUGCAAAAGUGAUUCUCGACCGAAUGAAGGAAGGAACUGAACCCACGAUUUCAGAGGAUUUGACAGUUGGCGAGAAAAACCGGAAAACCGAAAAUAAGUAUGUUGAAAAUGUUGAGCAUGCUGCUGUUGUUGGUGGCAGUGGUUCAAAUGGCAACGGCCAUGAACGAUAUCCCAGUGGCCGCCACAAAUUGAACAAAAACUCAAUUUAUUUGGGUCACCGGCGGAUUGUGCACAGCACAGAGCCUCACUCGAUUCAUGCAAUGGCAUCUGCUGGACCAAUAAUGGACACGUAUACUUUAGCUGCCGAUUUCGUGCAGCCUCUGCAAGCCCCUAAAUUGGCAAAGGAAAUAAAGAAAACGGAAAACCCAGGAAGGCGGAUGCACAGUUACAGUGGACACGGUUCUUCUCGCCCAACUGUUCCCGGGAGGGUGGUAGUGUUCGUGUGGGUGCACGUGUCGGUGGCUGUGUUCGUGCCGGUGUUUGUGCCGGUGUUUGUGCCGGUGUUCGUGCCUGUGCGAGGUCGACACGGGCACCACCACAAGCACCAGCACCACGGCAAACCCAUGCACAAGAAGCCACACCACCACCACUACCAUCCUCAUCACCACCACCACCCUGGUGCACACAGGGGACACCCCCACAAGCACGUCAAGCACCAGCACCACCACAAGCACCACCUGGGAUCCAAUGACGCCAUGCCGAGCUUCGACUUCCAUGACAAUGACGGCAAUGACGGAUUCGCGGAGGAUUUUGACAGCAGCAGCAGCGGAGGGGGACACCCCCACAAGCACGUCAAGCACCAGCACCACCACAAGCACCACCUGGGAUCCAAUGACGCCAUGCCGAGCUUCGACUUCCAUGACAAUGACGGCAAUGACGGAUUCGCGGAGGAUUUUGACAGCAGCAGCAGCGGAGGCUUUUGCACAGAGAGUGGCUUUUUGUACCGGGAAGGGGUCGAAGCAAAAGAGAAUCCUUACAAGGGCAGCGGGAGUUCGGGUCAAGUCGCCUUUGAUUCCUCAGUGCCGCAA